AUGCGUAUUAAGCCUCCUGCUGCUGCUGCAGCAAGCUCGGCUGCAGCAGGAGGAGGAGGGGGAGGUGCAGCAGGAGGUGCAGCAGCAGGAGAUGCAAUAGCAGCAGCAGCAGCAGCUGCUGCUGCUGCUGCUGCUGCUGCUGCUAAUGGGGAUAGGGAGAGGAUGCUGCAGCCUACCCCUGAGUUUAUUGAAGUCGCAACUGAUCUCCUAGAGUACAGCGCAGCUGCAUGCGUAGAUGUUAUUCCUCCUCUGCCUCUGCUGCGGGUGUCUCUUGAGUCUGCUGCUGCUGCUGCUGCUGCUGCUUAUUCGUCUGCUGAUUGGCUGCAGCAGCCUGCUAGGUCUACAGCAGCAAAUACAGCAGCAGCAACAGCAGCAGCAGCUGCUGCUGCUGCAGCAGCAGCUGCAGCAGACCAGGAGCUUAUGCUCCCUCUUCCUUUGCGGCUGGAGCAUCAGCGACGGCAGCAGCGGCUGCAGCAACGGCGACGGCAGCAGCAGCAGCAGCAGCAGCAGCAGCAAGAGGAGACAAUCAAGAAGAGACGGGAUACAGUAUCUGAGGUCACCGCAGCCGCAGCAGCAGCAGCAACAGCAGCAGCAGCAGCAGGAGCACCAGUCUGCAGCAGCAAGAAGGAGACACAAGAAGAAGAAGAAGAGGAGACACAAGAAGAAGAAGAAGAGACAGAUGAUGACGAAGAGGAGACACAAUACUCAGAAAUUACUCAUACCUUUGAUGCGGUUGUGUGGGGAGAUAAGGGAGCAGCAGCAGCGAGUACUGAGGGGGCAGCAACAACAGCAGCAACAGCAGCAACAGGAGCAGCAACAGGAGCAGCAGCAGCAGCAGCAGGAGAGGGGGCCCUCUUGGGUUCACAAGGAGACACCUCGCAUACCCCAGGUGUCUCCUCCUCUCCCCCUCUUACAAAUGGAGACACCAACAGCAGCAGCAGCAGCAGCAACAGCAGCAGCAGCAGCAACAGCAGCAGCAGCAGCAGCAGCAAGGAUAUAGUUAUAUUACCUGGGGAGAAGAUAGAGGUCCCUUUGCGGUGUAUAGCCACCUCUAAAUAUCCUUCUUGUAUUAUUGAGUAA